AUGGCCUCACGGUCGGGGCGCGCUCGCAACCUGGAGACGGGAGAGUUUGUGGCGGCCGUGGAGGAGGCAGCCCACUCACCCCUUGGACCACCGACCGGCGACGUUUUCUGCGCCGCGGACUGGCGCGAGUCACUCGAGAAGGACCACGGCGCCCCCCCGGCUGAGAUCGAGAUGAUGGCAGCGCUGGACCUCGGAACUACAGCGUGGGAGGACAACGCCACACUCCAAUGGCCGGUGUUCUUGGAGCACAAACAGGUGGUGCCGGGGAGGGUGAGCGUAGAGAUAGACGCUCUCACUCAUGACCCGCGGCCAUUCGCGGCACAACUAUUGGUCGUGAUCCCCCUACACCUAUUCGACCCUGGGGAAGGUGCGGACAUUGCAGUUGCUAGGGGGGUACAGUGGUGGACCCCGGGGACAGCUCCAAAGGUCAAACUCAUGAACCGCACCACCCACACGAAGUCCAUCGACGCAGGAGUGCAGAUUGCCACAUCAUACGCUACCAACUGCGACAACGUGGAGCGGAUGCUUCUCAUCAAGGAGCCCGUACCACCGGAGGCCGAGCUGGAGCCGCCACCGCUGGAAUCCCCAACUUCAGAGCCGGGAAUUGUGGAACCGGACGAAGGCAUCAGGCGGUUCGACCCAGUCCCGGCGGACAUCAUCAACAGCCAAGUCGACAAGAUGUUGGAGCAGAAGAUCAUCGACUAUUCCGACUCUCAGUGGUGUGCCCGCAUCUCGCCCCAGAAGAAGAAGGACGGGACGAUACGACUAGCCAUGGGCUACCGCCCGCUCAACGCACUGACGAAGAAGAACAGCAGGGGUAUCGGCACCCUGCAAACGAUGCACCACAGGGUGAGGAAGAGCAAGUGGUUCACCCUCCUCGACCUACCCCAAGCGUAUCACCAAAUUGCCAUCAAGGCCUCGGACCGGCCCAAGACGGCGUUUCGAGACGCUCGGGGGAGACUGUACCACUUCAACCGGUGCAGCUUUGGCCUCACGACUAUCCCCGCGGUCUUCUCGGCCCUCCUAGGGAACACACUACGUCCGGUGGAGAGUGGAGGCUGUGUCGAAAGGUGGCUCGACGACAUCCUCAUCCACACCGAGUCGCUGGAGGAGCACUUCAAGGUUCUCGAGGAAGUUCUGGACCUCCUGCAGAAGGCGGGCUACACAGUUCACUUCCGCAAGAGCUUAUUCUGCAGGGCAGAGGUGGAGUUCCCGGGCGUUAUGGUCGGCAGAUCAGGUGUGCGGCCCCCCCUCUCGAAGAUCAAGCCACUGACCGAGAUGGAGAGCCCCGCCACGGUGGGGGAACUGCGAUCAUUCGUCGGGAUGGCCAACUUCUUGAGGGACUUCGUGAAGGACUUCAGUGCAAUCAUCGCACCCAUCACGGACAUCCUCCGCAACAUGAACUUUCAGCACCAAGCGAGCGAGGAACAAACCCAUCCAGUGGGGACCGGAACAGGAGGAAGCCCGCGUUGCCAUCAUCAGCGCUUUGGUGUCACCGCCGCCCUCUACGGUUUGGACCACUUCAGGACGUACCUCCUGCACCGGCCCUUCACGCUCGUCACGGACUGCUCGGCGAUCACCUGGUUGUUCACCAGCCAACACUUGUCCUCUACAAUGUACAGGGAACCGAGCACACCGUCCCGGAUGCCCUCUCCCGCCGCCAAGGAUCGCGCCCACGAACCACUGGGCCCGGUGCUCGACGGCAUCCCCCUACAGAGCCUAGCACCCCCAGACGACGCAGAAAAGCACGUCCCCGAACCCAGGCGAGCCACCGGCGAGAGUGGCAACUCACCGGGAGGCGCGCCUGCCCUCGACGGCGUUCGACUAGCAGCACUGGGAGCGACGGAGGUGGCAACCGGCCCCGAACUACCGUUACACGUCGCUUGGGCACUGCAGCACGCGUUGGAGCCGCCGGACCCGACGGACCACGCGCGACUUGCCGCCUACGAGGAAGUACGCCAAGCCUUCACACCCAGGCGUCCGAGAACUGUCGUCUUGGGGUGUGGAGCUGGUGGUGCCCUGCUGGCACUCGGAGAAACGCUGACCAUCGAUACGGCGAUUGACCCCGAGUGGACAGCGUUGGAGUGCGCACGUACCAAUGCAUGGAGCUACAACACCAAUUUGGUGCGGACGCCACUCGCCAGCCCCAAGUGCAGGGAAGUGGUCGCCGACGCCAAGCCGGAGAUUUUCAUCGGCGACGCGUGCCGACGGUACGACCCCGACCGCACCGGCAACACCGCGGUCCGCCAAGCGUCGGACACCGUCGACGUCUUCGUGUCUUGCCGGGCAACACUCCUCAUACUGGAGUGCCCGGUGAGGUUUGCUGGAACCGCGGAGUGGCGGGAGAUCCUACGACCAAGGCUGGAGCUAGGUCAGUGCUCUGUGGAGGAGGCCACAAUGUCGGCCACAGACGUCGGUGUGCCCACACGCAAGCAGAGGGUCUUCAUCGUCGCAUACAAGCGGCAACCAGGAGACACGAGCGCAGGGCUCUCGGCGAAGCUGGCCAAGUGGAAGCAACGCCUGCAGCAGCCCGCGCCGGUUACCCCGACCGUCGGCGCCUUUCUGGAACGGGGUGGACACUAUUUCCUACGGAGGCAACGAGGAGAGAAAGCGAUCUUCGACGUUCACGCGCCGUCGCUAACUCUCACCCAUUCGCACAUCAUAGGGCGCCGACCGCCACUGACGGAGUACAAGGCGCACCCGGAGGAUGCGGGACCUCUGAACACACCCGAAGACUUGCAGUGGAGCGACUUCGUCAAGCUCACCACAGCACAAGGUGACUUCCAGAUUCCACCCACGGUCAGGCGAACCGACGCAGCUUGGGCGCUCGAAGAGUUCACCCUACCGCCAAUGCUGCGAGAGGCGUCCUCAACCUUAGAGGUCUACGGUAUCGCCCCCACGACCAUGGACCCGCGCAACAGCUUGGCGGACGACCUCCUCUUCAGCCCCCACGACGUCUUUGCGGACACCACCGAGGCUGCAGCGGAUACUGCCCUGCAAGAACCGAGGUUCGCCGUUACCCCGGCCGUCACACGACGUACGACGCGUCGCGGUCAGCCACCACCACGACCGCCCGCGCCCCCACCGUGGAGGGAGCCGGGACCUGCAGGAACGCAAGGAAGGCGACAACAGGGGAGCCGGAAGGGCAAGGGACCUGCUAGGACCCCCACGUCACCAGCUGGGCCAGAGCCCCCGGAGGAAGACGACCCCAAGUCCCCGGUCCCGGCCCCAGCACCACCGCCGUCACCUAUGGAGUUAGACACGGGGGGAUCACCUACACCCCCGCCACCUUCCCCUCCUCCUGCGCACACGGAGGAGCGGCCAGCGACUCCGGAGAGCCAUGGCCGCGGCGAUGACUUACUAGACACCCCCGAACUACGGCGAGGACUCUCCGCGAACCUAGAGCGCAUGGAAAACAUCUUACGGGACCCAACGCAGCUAGCUGAGACGCAACGCAGAGACCCGAUCCUCGGGCCUAUCAGAGCUACGCUCGAGGCAGGCCAAGGAGACGGUACCGACUAUGUCAUGGCGGACAACCACCUCCUCUGGCACGCGCCGCGAGGGCAGGGACGUCCGCGCUUUCGUGUUGUCCUGCCCGGGCCGCCGGAGGAAACGUGCCUGGAGUACGCAACUCUCCAUGAUGCCCGCCCGCCUUCUUCAACCAUGGAAGUUCUGCAUAUGGACAUCCAGGACAUGAAGGUGACGUCCGAGAAGGGAAACCGGUACCUGCUGGUUGUGGUGGACAGAGCCUCCAAGUUUCUGACCGCCUUCCCUCUCCCCUCCAAGGACGCCUUGGGCGUGAGCAGCAAACUCCUGGAGCUCCUACUCAUCUUCGGCAUGCCAUUCUCCGUCCGCGCAGACAUGGGCAGCGAGAACAUCGCACGAGUGAUGAAACACCUGUGCAACUGGCUGAAGGAAGCCCUCUCCCUACUCUGCAAAGCGUGGCCCCAGAGAUGGGACGACUACGUCCCUGUGGCUACCUGGAUCCACUGGGUGACGCCAGACCUAUCACUACCGGGAGGAGCGUCGCCGUACCAAAUACUCUUUGGCCUGCCGCCACGCAGCCACAUCGACCUCCUCGCCCAGCCUUUGGACGGCGCAUCGUUCGGCCAAGGCUUGGAGAUAACGGUCGAGGAGCAACACCACAUGACUCAGGAAAUCCUGGCCAAGCGACAGGAAGCCCUCACCAAGCAAAGCGAGCGCCACAACGCCAAGAUCGGCCGCGAGUCACCGGGAGCCAAGGCUCAGGUGGGAGACUUCGUGCUGGUCCGAGAGACCCCAGUUUCCCUCUACCGAGACAGCCUCCACCCCAAACUGGCCCACGAACACUUCACGGGCCCGUGGAAAGUCGUCAACGUCCUACCGGAGCGGCUGUGCUUCACGGUGCAGAUGAACGGGAGGCGUGUCCGUCAACGCCGCGUGGUGGCGGCUGACGUCAAGCCCUUCCACCAGCGCCCCGCACAUCUGCAACUCGAGUACGAGGACGAGUUCAGCCACCUCAUCUGGUCUGCGGACUUGGGCCUGGCGGGCACCUCCGUCGCCGCAGUGCCGCCCUACACCCUAAUGGCCCGCAGGGUCGGGCCCGGCAAGGGUGGCGCCGACGCAUGGGCCUGGGAAUACCGCGGCAGAUACCAGGACGGAGCUCAAUCAGAUUGGAUCACGGAGGACGAGGCGCGCGACAGCUUCUCGCCGCUGCAGCUGGACGUCUUCCACGCGUUGUGGGAACUCCACCACCCGAGCGACGCGACGCGACCUACAGGAGAGCCCACACGAGGAGAGCGCGAAGUGGAGUCUCGGGACCGAGCCUUGGAGAUGUUCCCCCGAGGUACCGAGGUCGGCAGAGUCUUCAUGGACGCCGAAGGACGGUCCAAGACGUUCAAGGCCAAGGUCUACGACUACUGCGACCCGUACUGGAGGGUGGAAUACCCAGAUGGAGACUGGGAAGCGCUCACCAAGUCCUGGGGGAGUGUAUCGAAGGUGGAGAGCGCCGGGGACCACGAGGAGAAGACCGACAUCACCUCCCGAGGACCUCCCCCGCACGUCAUCAUCAUCGAGCGCCGAUUCAUCGGAGGGUGGAACAAGAGAUUCAAGAUCGCCACCUUCCACACCGUCUCCAGCCACCGGGAGCCCUCUUCACUAGGUUUAAAUCCCUCCGCGGUCUAA